UGGUCAUGCGCGUGCUCGUCUCCUGCGCGCUCUGGUGAUCGAGUGUGAUCGCGCUGUGGAUUGUGGGUGUGCUGGACGCUGUGUGAGCUGGUCUCUCGGUAGCAGACAGUAAAGUGGACUGAACUCGGACACAUCGUGCUCUCUGCUGUAAGAAUCGACUGUCAUCAGUGCAUGAGCUGCUUUUACACACUUUCAGGAGCAUCAUCAUGUCCAGCAGGGCAGGGAAGAAGAAGGUCAGCAGGUCGUCGCGCUCCUCCAGGGCUGGAGUGAUCUUCCCGGUCGGCCGGAUGCUGCGCUACAUCAAGAAGGGUCUUCCCAAAUACAGGAUUGGAGUCGGAGCUCCAGUUUACAUGGCUGCGGUUCUGGAAUACCUGACGGCUGAAAUCCUGGAGCUGGCGGGAAAUGCAGCCAGAGACAACAAGAAGGGCCGUGUGACGCCCAGACACAUCUUACUGGCCAUCGCCAACGACGAGGAGCUUCACCAGCUGCUGAGGGGCGUGACCAUCUCUGCCGGCGGAGUCCUGCCCAACAUCCACCCGGAGCUGCUCUCCAAGAAGAGCGGCUCGAAAGGAAAGCUGGAGGCCGUCAUCACUCCUCCGCCCGCUGAGAGGAAGUCCAAGACCGCCAAAAAAGCAGUUGUCAAGAAACUGGCCACCAAAAAGUCCACGCGAGUGAAGAGACGAGCAGCUGAUGCGGACGGCGGAGCGGCUGAUGGGUUCACUGUCCUCUCUUCCAAAAGUUUAUUUCUUGGACAGAAGCUGCAAGUUGUUCAAGCUGAUAUUGCCACCAUCGAAAGUGAAGCCGUCAUUCACCCGACCAACUCCACCUUCUACAUGGGUGGUGAAGUAGGAAGUGCUCUGGAGAAGAUCGGAGGAAAGGAGUUUGGAGAGGCGGUUCUGGAGCUGCGCAAGAAGAACGGCCCUCUGGAGGUGGCAGGAGCGGCCAUGACCUCCGGAUACGGCCUUCCUGCAAAGUUUGUCAUCCACUGUAACAGUCCAGGCUGGGGCUCGGAUAAAUGUGAGGAGAUGCUGGAUAAGACGGUGAAGAACUGCCUGGCUCUCGCUGACGAGAAGAAGCUCAAAUCCGUGGCCUUCCCGUCUAUCGGCAGCGGCAGAAACGGUUUUCCGAAGCAGACGGCGGCUCAGCUCAUUCUGAAGGCCAUCUCCAGCUACUUCGUCACAACGAUGUCCUCCUCCAUCAAGACUGUGUUCUUUGUGCUGUUUGACAGCGAGAGCAUCGGCAUCUAUGUGCAGGAGAUGGCCAAACUGGACGCCAACUGAAGUAGAAAUUCUGCUGAAUAAAAAUUCUAUAGAGAGAAAAUUAAUUUGGGUGGUGGGGGGGGUGAUAGAAUAUUUUUUGCUACUUUAUCAAAACAGCAGCAGUUUUUGCAUUCCAGGUGUUUGAUUUAUUGUUGAUUUUUAACAGCUGGUUUGUUGCAUUGACCUGCAUCAUCAGUUUGCCUUGUUUGUUUCAGUGUAUCAUGUGUAUCACAAAUGUUAAUAUGCAUAAAGUGUAUAUGAAAUAAUUGAUAAUAUAUUCAUAAAUGAAUGCACGGCUUGUGUAAUUUGCAACUGCUGCCAGCAGAGGGAGCCCUUUGUCCAGUCUUACACUCAUAAUACAGACAAAGGAAGUUUAGUUUACUACUUUAGUUUACCUGGAGUUAUCCAUGUGAAUCACGACCCGUCACACGCAGCAAACAGUUCUUGAGCAUUCCUCUGCUUUCUGCUUCGUCGUGUUCAGCGCUGCUCUGGUUAUCCCGGGGUUACUGGCAGUCAGUGGCGGGUCAGUUUCCCAGCGGAUCCGCAGACCUCCUCGAAGGGCACCAUCUGAGCACUAAUCCACAGGAAAUACGGGCAGCUCUCUCCUCUCCUCCUCGCAGGAAAAUCUCAGUAAAUUCAAAGCAUCUGUAGGCACGGCUUGUCCUUCCUGCGAGGAGGGCCGCUUUCCCAGAGCUCCGGCAGAUGAUGUUUUAUUCUUCGCAUGUACAAAGUAAGCCCGGCGGGGGCAGAGGGCUACGUGAAAUUAAAACAAACAUCGGCGGGAUCAGGGAGGGAAAAUAUCCAGUCAUGAAAGAUCAUGCUAGUGCACAUGAAAGGAGCGUAAUAUAUCUGUCAUUUUGAGUGGAUGCACACGGUCUCAGUAGCCAAUCUGGAUGUGGAUCGCUCAUACUCGUGAAGAAUGUCCACACAAUAUACUUAGAGCUGCUCACAUGUGACUUAGUGAGUAAGCGAACACAAACAGUGUGUGUUAUGAAUUCACUUCGUUUCUAUAUUUGUAUAGGGCACCUCUAGGGUCGGAGGUCAAAUCUGAAGCCGUACUCAUUAAAGUUAGGUUAGGACGCUUAAUAACUCUCAGCAAAUACAUUUUUACACUGGCCACUCGAGAUUUGUUUGGGAAAAAUUUUCUUGUUUAUAACUUCCCAUAAUUUUUUGUAUCUGAUACCAGUUAUUAGACUAUAACAGACAAACCAAAAGAGAAUAUGCUUAACCCGGUGACCCUGAUUCUCUCGUUUCUGGGGUUGAAUAAUAAUGCAGACCCCAUUAGUCCUCUGCUGCGAUCAGAGCUCUUCUGUUCAGUCGAGAGGAGACAGACUUCUCUUCACACCUUUGGUCUGUACUGUGAGUCCAAAUGCGUCCAGCAGAUUUUUUCCUGUGGUUCUUUCACUAAGCUGAUGGCAUCUCAGGUUUUGGCUCCUGUGGGAUCCCGUACACACAUGGUCUCUCUAUCCAAUCACACUGCUGUGAUCCCGACCCUCCUCCAAUAUAGAUGAAGGCAUAUAGGAUUGUGUUGGGCUACUAUCCAAAUUGUGAUUAUUGGCAUAUAAUCAGUUUCAGGAAUCUUACGGGCAACAAUCUGAACUCUUUUCUCUGAAUCUUCGAGUAUAUGCCUCGUUCUAGAGGUCUUUUUUCAACAGCAACUAAUCUGCCAUUUUGCAUGUGUUGGAAACUUUUUCAAAGUCCAUUAGACCGUUUGAUUCACAUGAUGUUAGUGGAACAUGCAUAGAAAAGUUAGAGUUUUAGUUUAAUUGGCAGAUAUGAGCCAAUAUAGAUAUUUUUGCAUAUGGCCCAUGAUGACUUUUUGACCUGUAUGUUGCGAGCGCAGCGUCCAAACCUCACAAAAGUUGGUGCACAUGAACACUAGGACAAUCUGAUGAUGCACACCAAAUUUCUUCAAUUUUCCAUACUCACGGCCACUAGAGAUCGUCUUUUCCUUCUCUAUUGUGUCAUAUAUCAGAGUGAAACGCUUCAGGAACAAGAACAAAUGUAGGGCGGGGCUUGAUUUUGUUUGUGGGGAAUUGAUUGUAUGGUUGUGGUUUGCUAUUGGUGGAUCUCAUGUGAGUGACAGGUUGCCCCGCCCUCAUCAUCAGAGAAGAGGAGAGACGUAAACACUGCAAUAUUCCAUAAAAAAUAAAAAUAAAGAUAAUUGUCCAUUUCACUGGGACUUGAAAUUUUCUUAAAUUUU